AUGUCCCGCUCUGCCGCCGCUCUAGCGGGAGCAAAAGGAUGUGUUGGCAAAAUUUAUCAAAAGUCUGCUGCACUCGACGGCAUGUUUGACACCCGCAUUGUUCGCGAUGGUGCGCUUCACUCGCCUAGAGGCUACUGGAGAUUUCUAUGUGUCAGGCGAAGCCCGGCAGCCAAGUUUACCUAA